AUGGUGGCCUCAUUUUCACCGUCGCCCAUCACCGGAAGACUACCCCUUUUCCCUUCUUCAGCUUCCUCAGCCGUCUCCGGUCUCCAUCUCCCCACUACCAAGUGGGGUUUCGGAGUCGAUCCUUAUGGCAGCUCUGGAGUUAGUAGAACAAAGGGUCGAGCUUUUCGAAUCUCUGCAACUGCCAAUGUAUCAGGAAGUUCGAAAAGAGAGGUGAUCAUGGUGGAUCCAGCGGAAGCAAAGCGAUUAGCUGCAAAGCAAAUGGUAGAAAUUCGAAGGAAAGAGAGACUCAAGAGAACGCGUGAAAUCGAGGCAAUCAAUGGAGCAUGGGCGAUGAUAGGUCUCACAGCAGGUUUGCUCAUUGAAGGUUACUCUGGAAAGACCAUGAUAGAACAGUUGGCUGGAUACCUGUAUGCCAUCUUCCAUAUUUUCAUACGAUAG